AUGUCAUUACAAAAUAACUUCAAUUUGCUUUUAGAGUUUGGCACCCUGUUGCUGUCCUUGUGUGUCUGCGCAGCCAAUAUAUUUGAGUACCAGACAGAUUCCCAACCGUUACGUCCAUGUGAACUUCAGAGGGAAAAGGCUUUUUCAGGAGGAGAAACCUACGUUCCUCAGUGCUCAGAAGAUGGACAAUUCAGGACAGUUCAGUGCAGUAGGAAUGGUCUUUCCUGUUGGUGUGUGGAUGAGAACGGCAUUGAGGUACCUGGCAGCAAGCAGAACGGAUAUCCCACAUCUUGCUUAUCCUUUUGCCAGCUGCAAAAGCAGAGGAUCUUGGUGAGUCGCUACAUCAACAGCAGCAGCAUCUCCUACAUCCCUCAGUGCUUGGAUUCGGGGGCUUUUGAUGCAGUGCAGUGUGACACAGAGCUGGAGCAGUGCUGGUGUGUAGAUGCAGAAGGAAUGGAGAUUUAUGGCACCAGGCAGAGGGGAAAGCCAGCGCGGUGUCCGGGGAACUGUGAGAUCCGAGACCGUCGCAUUCUGCAUGGGUUUGGGGAGAAGAGCCCACCACAGUGUUCAGCAGAUGGGGAGUUUCUGCCUGCCCAAUGCAAAUUUGUUAACACUACAGACAUGAUGUUUUUUGAUCUUGUUCAUAGUUAUAACAGGCUCCCAGAGGCUUUCCAAACAUUCAGCUCCUUGCGGGAGAGGUUCCCAGAGGUCUCUGGGUACUGUUACUGUGCGGACAGCCUGGGGAGAGAGUUGGCAGACACUGGCUUGGAACUGCUGCUCGAUGAAGUUUACGACACAGUUUUCUCUGCCCUGGAGCCUGCCCGCACGUUUGCAGAGACCAGCAUAUAUCGGAUCCUGCAGAGGCGGUUUCUGGGGGUUCAGCUGGCUACCUCUGGGAAGUUCAGAUGCCCCUCAAAGUGUGAGGUUGAGCGGUACGCAGCCCAGCGUUACCAGCACACCUACGUGCCGUCUUGUGAUGCUGAUGGGAGCUACACGCCUGUGCAGUGUCAGCAGGGAGGACAGUGCUGGUGUGUGGAUGCCAAAGGGCAAGAGGUCCAGGGCACAAAGAGACGAGGACAGCCCCCAGCCUGCGGUGAAGAACAAGCGUGCAUCUCAGAGAGACGACGGGCCUUGUCGAGGAUCUUUUAUGGCCCUGCUGGAUACUUCAGUCAGCCCGAUUUGUUUUCCAUGUCAGAUGCACAGUCAAAAAAAUUGUCUGGCUUCUCAAGACCCUGCCCUUCUUACUUCAAGGAGCUGUUUCUGGACUCUGGGUUGUCAUCCCCAGUUGCACAAAGCCCAUAUGUCAGCCAGGUUCCUGGGCUAGAAAUCACUCUUAGUGAAGCCAUCGCAGGGAUGUUUCCAUCAAGGGAACUGGCUCAACUAGCACUGCAAUUUACUGCCAAUCCGAAGCGUUUCCAAGAAAACCUCUUUGGAGGAAAGUUCUUGGAGAAUUUGAUCCAGUUUAACUUCACAGGGACACUUGGCACUAGUGGGAAAUACAGCAUUGGCCAAUUUUUCCCCCAGGAGGUUGUGGCAGACAGGGAUAAUGGCCAAGGCCUUCUGGAAUCAGCUGAGGCAUUUUCACUGGAGGUAUCAAAGGGGAGCUCCAUUUUGAGUAAACCUCUUGUAGGCAGCUUCGGCCGCACAGUAACUCUACAGGACAAUCAGAAUAUGAUGAAAUUGCUUUCCUCUCUUCUGGAACUGCCGGAGUUCUUUACUUUUCUUCAACAAGUGAUUUCUGUCCCCAAAAGUGUUGCUGAAGAUUUAGGUGAAGUGGUGAAACUGGCACUGGGUUCCAAAGACUGUGGUGAGGAGCCAAGGGACCUGUUUGUUCCAACAUGCACCAAAGAGGGGAGGUAUGAGGAAGUUCAGUGCUAUGCAGGAGAGUGCUGGUGUUUGGACACUUCAGGUAAGGAAGUUCCAGGCUCAAGAGUUCAAGGCAAACGUCCAAGGUGUCCCACUAAUUGUGAGAAGCAAAGGAGAAACCUGCGAAACUUGAAGCAAAGCCUGCCUGCAGGAUCGGAUCUUUUUAUUCCCUCUUGUACCAAGGAUGGAAACUUCCUGCCACUCCAGUGUUAUGGGACAAAUUGCUUCUGUGUUGAUUUGAAUGGCAAGACUAUUCCAGGAAUACGGGGAGAAGCUGGAAAGACGAUGCAAUGCCCCAGUGCUUGCCAAGUAGCAGCUGGUCAGGAGUUUCUAAAGGCUGUGAAACUCCUGCUGUUGGAUCCUAGUGCUGUGUCCCAGCUCUCCAGCAUUCAUCUCCCGCAGUGUGAUGCUGGGGGCGGCUGGAGGCAGGUGCAGUGCAGUGGUCCUCCCGAGCGAGCCUUUGAGUGGUACGAGAGGUGGAUUGCUGAGAAUAAUGAAGGCAAACCUCUGCCCAUCACUGAUCUGUUGAGCAUCAUAACUGGAUAUAAAGAGGCAUCUUCCAAAGGCUUUUCAGCCUUUAUUAAAGCUUUGUAUGAUGCUGGGCACCAGAAUGUCUUCCCAGUGUUCACCGCAUAUUCCUCCUUCACUGAUCUCCCACCUGAAGUGCUGGAAGGAAACGUGACCUAUGCAUCUGAGAACAUUUUACUGGAUCCAUAUAGGUUCUGGCAGCUUCUGACUGAGCAGCUGACCUAUUACCCAGGACCGUACACUGAUUUCAGCGCUCCAUUAAGCCACUUUGAACUUCGUGAUUGUUGGUGUGUUGAUAACAAAGGAGAAGAGCUGCAAGGAACAAAGGCAGAAGUGAACCAGGUCCCGACAUGUCCUGGUAUAUGUGAAGGUGUUAAGCAGCAAGCCAUGAAAUUUAUGGAGGAGGCAGAGCAGCUCAUCCUAGCAUCAAAUAGUUCCCACUUCCCUUUUGGAGAAAGCUUCUUGAUGGCAAAAGGAAUACAGCUCACAGACAACGACCUCCUGCGUUCUGCUCAGCCCUAUGAGCUCGAGGUGGUGGUCUCCGAAAAGCUGUUAUUUGGCGGUGACUAUGCUCUCCAGCUGGCUGCACGGUCAGUCUUGCAUUUCUACUGGCUAAGUCAUUUUACUUCCAAACGUUCUGCUGGAGAGGCAACACAGCUGGGAUUUUUCCCUUACAUCCCACAGUGUGAUGGCCUGGGAAACUGGGAGCCAACUCAGUGCUAUGAGAGCACAGGUCAUUGCUGGUGUGUGGAUGAGAGAGGACGUUAUGUCAUGGAUUCCUUGGUCUCACGCUCAGCAGAACUUCCCAAAUGCCAGACGUCAUGUCAGCGGUCUCGAGCCAAUGCCUUAAUUUCCAGCUGGAGAUGGAGCGGUUUUAUCUGGAUGCCUCCACAGCAGAUCUAUUUGUCCCCUACUGCCUUGAGAGAGGAGAAUACGCUGUGCUACAGAGAUCCGACACAGAUAUUUGGUCCUAAUUUCUGUAAUAUGCUGAAGUCUAAAACCAGUUUACGAGAAGUUGGCAAAGGCUACAUCCCACAAUGUGAAGGGGACAACGGGACUUUCUCCCCCAUGCAGUGCAGCCAGGAUCAGGAGAGCUGCUGGUGUGUCUUUGACAAUGGAGAAGAGGUGCCAGGGACACGAGUAAGCAAAGGAACACCUGCAUGUGCAAGUCCGCAGUGUGUUCUGCCAUUUGAUGCCUCAUCUGUUCUCAAUGGAGCUGUAUUUUGUGAAAACGUUUCUGGGCAAGCGUCAAGCGUUCAGCAGUGCCGGCUGGUGUGUCGCCAGGGCUUCCACAGUGCCUCUUCCAGCACGUCAUUCCAGUGUGAUGUGCAACAGCGUCAAUGGGUCUCGACUGCUCCACUCUACCACGCCUGCCAGAAGCUCCAGUUAUUUCAGACAGUCCAAGCUCAAACACACUUUCAACUGCUACUGCCUCCUGAGAAGACUUGUAGUUCUGAUUACUCUGGAUUACUUCAGGCAUUCCAGAUAUUUAUUUUAGAUGAGUUGAAGGCUCGUGGCUUAUGCCACCUCCAGGUAAAUGCGUUUGGAAACACGGGCUCGAUUUCUCUCUGUGAUGAUUCCACUGUCUAUGUCAAAUGCCUGAGCGUGGACCGCCUGGGGGUGAAUGUCACAUGGAGGGCUCAGCUGGAAAACAUCCCGGCAGCUUCUCUCCCUGACUUACAUGAUAUUGAAAAUGCAAUUGUUGGAGAAAAUCUCAUUGGAGCAUUUAUAAAAGAGAUUGAGGAUGGUGCUUUUCUGCUGCAUUUGGACUCCAAGCAAUUCGUAGCAGAUUCUUUCGUUGAUUUUCCCCGGGAUGAAGAGUUUGAUCUGUCUCCAAGUGUGCAGCUAGGAUGUAGAAGCGGGUUUCGAAGAACUUCAUCUCCUGGGAAAGCAGUCCCAAAUUCACAAGGAUGUGUUGUUUGUCCUCCGGGCAGUCAUUUCCAGAAUGAUGAAUGCAUUCCUUGCCCUCUUGGCUACUAUCAGCAUCAGACAGGACGUUCCUCCUGUAUCAAGUGUCCUGUGGGCAAAACUACCAACUCCUAUGGGGCAUUCAGCGCUGAUCACUGUAUCACUUACUGUCAAAGCAAUGAGCAGGGGCUGCAGUGUGAUGAAGAUGGCCAGUAUGGACCUUCUCAGCAAGACCCUGACACUAAGAAAUCCUUCUGCAUCAGUAGCUUUGGAACAGCUUUGGACUGGACUGAAACAGAUGAUCUCCUUACAGACUACCAGUGCCUAGACUGUGAGAGGGAAGAAGCAUGUGGUUUUGCCACUGUAACCAUUGCUGGUGCUGAAGUUCUGUGCGAAUUAUACAAUGCUGCUGAAGUCAACUUCAACUGCACCACCUCCGGAUUGGUGCAAGGUGCUUUGGGGAACCCCACGGCCACUAGCGUCAGUCAUCUCAGCUGCCUGCUUCAUAUCAGGAAUCCAGAAGGAGAUGCCGUGAUGGUCUAUUUGAAGAGAGGACAAGAAUUUAACUCAUCUGGACUCAAGACCUUUGAAAAGACCAGUUUUCAGAAUGUGCUGUCUGGCGUGUAUGGCUCUGUGGUGCUCUCAGCAGCUAGCACAUCUCUGACUGACGCUCAGCUCUUCUGUCGGCAGACUUGCAGCAGGGACUCUUGCUGUGACGGCUUCAUCUUGAGCCAGAUUGCACUUAACGGAGGCACCAUUUUGUGCAGUUUGAUGAGCUACCCAGACGUGCUGAUCUGCAAUGCAAAUGGCAGGAGCCCAGCACCAAAGUCUGUCAUGGAUGGGAUAUGUAAAGGUGUGACCUAUGAUGAAAAAGAGAAGAUUUUUUCCUUCACCCUGGGAGGGCAAGUGUUCAGUGGAACUUCUAAGUUGGCAGAAGAGGCAGCAAGAAAUUUUACUACCUUUCAGCAAGUUUAUCUGUGGAGAGGCUCGGAUAUGCUCACGCGGACUAAGACCUCUGCUUGUGAUGCUACUGCUUUGAAGACAGUGAAUGAACUACCGUUAUCAGAUUUCACAAAGGAUCUUUUCUACCUAAUGGACAACAGCCGGAUACAAAGUGACCAGAACUAUUCUCUCCCUUACCAGCAACACUGGAUCUUCAGACAAAUGUACUCAGCAGAGGAAGCUGUGCUUUGGUGUCUCACACGUUGUGCACAAGAAGAUGAGUUUUGUCGAAUGGCAGAUCUUCAGAAUGCCACAGACAUAUACUUUGUGUGUACCCUCUACCCAGAGGCACAGAUUUGUGAUGGCAGCUUUGAUCAAAUACCAGAAAACUGUCGAACUGUGCUACCCUGGCAGCCACAGAUGUUGUAUCGUAAAAUAGUCACUCUAAAAAGUUCUGUGAAGAGCUUCUACAUGCGUGUACCAUUCCAGAAAGUAACUGAGAUCUCAGUGAGGAAUAAGACUGACAUGAGCAGAAAAGCUGUUUCAGAUGGCUUUUUUGAGUGUGAGCGUUGGUGUGAUGCUGACCCCUGUUGCACGGGAUUUGGCUUUUUUAAUGACUCUCAGCUAUCAGGUGGAAAGAUUGUGUGCCUGACUCUGAACAGCCUAGGAAUCCAGAUGUGUGCUGAGGAAACAAGGACUGCUUGGCAGGUUUCAAAUUGUAGUUCACCAGAUGCUGAAGUCAGGAUACACCCGUUUGGCUGGUAUCAAAAGCCUGCUGCCUUGAAGAACACCAUGCCUAACUAUUGUCCACCUGUUCAUUUACCUCUCAAGACAGAAAAUG